UUUUUUUAAGGCGAUGUGUCCUCUUUGGCCUUCCACACCGCCUCUUACCGCGCACUGAUUGGAGAAUCGCUCAGCGCCGAGCUGCACGAGCGGAAUGUGUCUGACUCCGGUUACUACUAACGUUAAAAACAACGCUGCAGCCGCGAUUUCACGCCACACCAACUGGAUAAAUACGCUUUUAAUUCAGAUUCCGUGCUAUUUCUCUUUGCUUUUGCUCUAACAUUACCAUCACCCGGUCGUCUUGUAAGGAUGUUUUAGACGUCGGUGUAAAUUUACGCAGUAAUAACAUUGAGGGACUGUGGGCGCGCUGGUGGUGCUGCUGCUGGAAAUCCCCUCAACGUUUGACAUCUUGUCAAUCAGCACUCAUGAAUCUAUCCAGCCCCUGUUCGCUGAAACAUCAUGCCUUGUCGCACUGGCUCCCUUCUCAGGGUUUUAACCAGGAGGUAUCCAUGAUCAGGCUUUGAAGUCCUCACCACUCUGCCUUGCUGCCCCGCUGUCUGCAUCCUGAGACACAUCCCUCCACACCAUCACUCUACAGCACCGAACCCACUGCAGCCUCUCAUCCUCUGACUGCCACCAUGAAGACAAGCGCAGUCUUCUUUGCAGUCUUUGGCGUCUUCCUUCUCAGCAGUCAAACAGAAGGCGGGCAGAAUCCAGACUACGUGCUCCAUGGCACGGGAGUAAAACAUGGAGAGCCAAAGAAAUCUCUGGCUGAGGACGGCUCGACCGUUGCUCCAGAAGACGCUGCCCGAUUCCUCAGCUGUUACUGCUCAGGUCACUGCCCAGAGGACGCCACCAACAACACCUGCGAGACCAACGGGCAGUGCUUUGCCAUCAUCGAGGAAGACGAGCACGGUGAAGCUGUCCUCACAUCUGGCUGUAUGAAAUAUGAAGGCUCUCACUUCCAGUGCAAGGAUUCUCCAAACGCUCAGACAAGGAGGACGAUCGAAUGUUGUUCCACAGACUUCUGUAACCGAGACUUGCAGCCUACUCUUCCACCUCCUGUUAUCCAAGACCCAUUGUUUGUGAAUGCCCACUGGCUGGCCUUCCUGAUCUCCGUCACCGUGUGCUGCUUCACACUCAUCGCAGUUACCAUUGUGUGCUACUACAGGUAUAAGCUCCAGACAGAGAGGAGACGCUAUCAAAGAGACCUGGAGCAGGCUGAGGCUUUUAUUCCUGUUGGCGAGUCUCUCAAAGACCUGAUCAGCCAGUCGAGCACUGGCUCAGGCUCAGGCCUCCCCCUGCUGGUACAGCGCACUAUUGCUAAACAGAUCCAGAUGGUGCGUCAGAUUGGGAAGGGGCGCUACGGCGAGGUGUGGCUCGGCCGCUGGAGAGGGGAGAAAGUGGCAGUAAAGGUGUUUUUCACACGUGAAGAGACCAGCUGGUUCAGGGAGACGGAAAUCUACCAGACUGUACUGAUGAGACAUGAGAACAUUCUCGGUUUUAUUGCAGCUGACAUUAAGGGCACAGGAGCCUUCACACAGCUCUUCCUCAUCACAGACUACCAUGAGAAUGGCUCUCUUUAUGACUACCUGAAGUUCACCACCCUGGACACUCAGGCUUUGCUGAAGCUGGCGUAUUCUGCAGCGUGUGGUCUGUGCCAUCUCCACACCGAGAUCUACGGCACACAAGGCAAACCAGCCAUCGCUCACCGAGACCUGAAGAGCAAGAACAUCCUUAUCAAGAAAAACGGAACAUGCUGCAUCGCUGAUCUGGGUCUGGCUGUAAAAUACAACAGUGACACUAACGAGGUUGAUGUCCCUCUGAGUACACGGAUGGGAACACGGAGGUAUAUGGCCCCUGAGGUUUUGGAUGAGACGAUGAAUAAGAAUCAGUUCCAGGCCUACAUCAUGGCAGACAUCUACAGUUAUGGUCUUGUGGUUUGGGAGAUGGCUCGGCGGUGUGUGACAGGAGGCAUUGUGGAAGAGUACCAGUUACCAUACUGGGACGCAGUUCCUUCAGAUCCAUCUUAUGAGGACAUGAGGGAAGUGGUUUGUGUAAAGGGCACACGUCCUACAGUCUCCAAUCGCUGGAACAGUGACGAGUGUCUCAGAGCCAUGCUGAAACUGAUGUCCGAGUGCUGGGCUCAUAACCCGGCCUCUCGCCUCACUGCUCUGAGAAUAAAGAAAACACUUGCCAAAAUGGUGGAAUCGCAAGACAUCAAAAUAUGAGAAUGCAUCACUGCACAUUUACACUGCAUGCUUCAGAGCAGAGUGGAAAUUUGAGCUCCUUCGAAACAAGAAUUGUAUCCCGAGUUAGCAAGCAUACAUGUGAAGCAGAGUGCUACAGAACAGAGCACUUCUCCUUCACUGAAAUUCCACAGUGUCCCUGUAGCACCCUCUGCUGGAUCGGGAGUGCCAUGUCACCACCACCACAAAGUACUUCAGACAGACCUUGUUGUGGCCUUUUUUCCUGUACCUACACACUAACUCUAAAGUAGAGUGAUCGAGAUGUAUCCCUACUUCAACCGUCCAUGAUUUAUUUUUUACUUUAGUCACUCUAUUGGGAGAGAUCUGCCAAAUAAAUUGCUUUCCAUGAAAGCUGCGUGUCAUGAUUCGAAUGGCAGAACGUGCGACGGAGUGGAAAACCCCGACGUACAGGAACAUUUUGAAGAAGGCCGAUUCAUUCUCUGUACAGUAUUGUUCUUCCAUCCCUCAGCAGCCAGCGAGACGGAUGCAAAAACCCCGGAGGUGCUCUUCAGCGUGGAACGCGAACAUGACUGUGCGUAACACCGACUGUGUGCAGCACACAGAUACUGGUGCAAAGGAAAGCGCAUCGUUAUUUUAAAUGAUCUCUCCUUAUUAUAAAUAAGUAAAUAUUAUUCAUCAAUAAUGUCAUUGAUAUUUAGAAAAAAAUACUCUAAGAAUUUCUUACACAUUCUCUAUUUAAAAAACAAAACACCAAACUCCAGUUGAUAUUUGGAUGGUGUAAUACGUGAUGAUGGAGGUACAGAGGCAAUGCAUGGUUUCUGUACAGGAUUAGAAACAGCCUUUGUCCGCCCAGGUCUUCCACACCAGAGGACUGUUAGUUAUGUAUUCUGUCUGAAUAACAAGCAUGGUUUGGUUGACUGUGAUGUAGUGCCACGUAGCCUCGCUUUAUCCUCCAUCUUACAUUUUCCAUUCACUUUUCGUCAUCUGGCUGUCACUUUAAUCCAAAGUGUCCUGCAGUCGAGACGGAGUACAACCGAGCAGUUUGAGCUAAGGGCCUCGUUCACGGACCCAACAGUGGCAGCGUUCAGUCGUCAUCUGAGCUAGAGCCUAAUCACUACACCAUCAAGGCAAUAAAUCACAUGAACUACAUGCCACAUUGGAUUCAUUGGAGUUUACUUUUAAGAAUUUCGGGUAAUGUGACUGAUUACAUAUAAAAUGUCAAAAAUAUCAGAUGGGAAUAAAGAAUACAACUGCAUGUGCUAUUUAUUCUCAUGUCAUGUUGAAUGACCUAGUUUGGGGGGGGUGUCAGGGGAUGUACUCCUUAUUACUACAGAACAGAUUAACAUUAGCGUAAUAUCCUGUUAUUGGUGUACAGCUAAAAAAAAUCAUAAUUUCUGUACUAGAAUUCAUCUUUUUUACUGCUUAAAAAAACUUUAAUUUAGAAAAAGUUCCAGAAAAUAUACCAAGUAUAUUAAUUGGAGUAGUCACAUGAAUUCAGCUUAAAAAAAUGAAACUGCUUAUUGACAGCGUGCCUAUAUUUAGCCUGGAUAAUUGAAUUGAAGUAACUAUCGAUUUUAAAUGAUUUAUUUAGUUAUUUCUGCCAAAGGAACAUCUGAGACCGGAACAUACUUUUUGGGAAUGAAUUUGCAUUCAGUGUCCAGACCUUUUAAAAUACAGUGUUUCCACACCGCAGUGUCCGUGUGUUAAUGUACAUCAGAGCUUGUUUUGUUUAAUCACGAACACUCCGCAUCUGUGCACUCCAGAUCGGUUCAUCAGUGCAUGACCUUGUUCUUGAUUAAGUAAAUGUGUUGUAGCCAGUAGAAGUUCAUGUGUAUCAGGAAUUGACUACAGAAUUUAUCAUUGUCUUAUAUGUCCAAUGUUCAAAAGAAGCUUGUGUAGAAAGUUUUUUUUGUUGUUGUUUAUUUUGUAUAGCAUCUGGGUUAAAGAAAGGUGCCUUAUGUUUACCAAGAAAAGCUGUUCUGUACACAGAAUUUGUCCAAUGUAUCAAUUUUAAAGUAAAUUACAAUAUUUUAGUAUGCAA